CCAUUUCCGAGAUUCGAUGGCACGUCUUAAACGCAUUAUAACAGUCAUAUAAUUGCUUGUAAAGAAUCAAACGGCCAGCACUGUCGAUUGACUAAAACCACAGUCGCAUCAAUCACGAUACAGAAAAGAAAGCCACGGAAUUGUCCAGUGACAUAGUGUGGGAAAAAAUGGCUGGGAAACUGGUAUGUAUUGAAGACUACGAAAGAGAAGCUCUGAAGAGAUUGCCGUCGAUCGUGCGCGACUACUACAAAAGUGGCGCUGGAGAAGAAUUUACCCUCAGGUUGAACGUCGACGCAUUUCAGAAGUACCGAAUUAAGCCAAGAGUGUUGGUUAAUGUUGCAAAUCGCGAUAUCAGUACUGUGGUACUGGGACACAAGGUUUCUAUGCCUUUGGGGGUUUCACCGACAGCCAUGCAACGGAUGGCGCAUCCAGACGGAGAAUGCGCAAACGUCAGGGCCGCUGCUGCUGCGGGGACAAUAUUCAUUCUAUCGACUCUAUCGACGAGCAGCAUAGAAGAAGUUGCAGAGGCAGCCCCGAAGGCAGUAAAGUGGUUUCAGCUUUACGUUUAUAAAGAUCGAAAUGUCACUGUUAGUCUGGUGCGAAGAGCGGAGGCCGCAGGAUUCAAAGCCCUCGUUCUUACGGUCGACACACCAAUGUUUGGCGAAAGAAGAGCUGAUCGACGAAACAAAUUUUCCCUCCCUAAUCACCUAAGGCUAGCCAAUUUUGAAGGAAUAAAAUCAGAUAGAAUCAAUUCUGCUGACCAAGAAUCUGGACUCUCUGAGUACAGUUUGAGUCUGUUUGAUGCUUCAUUAUCUUGGGAAGAUGUUGACUGGUUAAGAAGCAUCACCCAUUUGCCAAUUGUGUUGAAAGGUGUGCUCACGGCCGAGGAUGCAAUUCUGGGAGUAGAACACGGAGCAAGCGCAAUAUUGGUUUCUAAUCACGGGGCGCGGCAAAUCGACGGAUCUCCAGCAUCGAUCGAGGCGUUGCCGGAAAUUGUAAAAGCUGUGGGAAGCAAAGCAGAGGUGUAUUUGGACGGCGGCGUUAGGCAAGGAAUCGACGUAUUCAAAGCACUAGCGCUCGGCGCUAAAAUGAUAUUCGUCGGUCGCCCCAUGCUGUGGGGUCUUGCGUGUAACGGAGAACAAGGGGCGAGUUCCGUACUAGAGAUACUUAGAUCAGAAAUCGAUAAGGCCUACGCGCUUUCAGGUUGCGCAACGACAAGGGAUAUAAAACCAUCCAUGGUUGUUCACGAAUCUGUAUACAGUCGACUUUAAAA